AUGUCCCACAGUCACUCCCAUGAUGGUGCGUCGCAUUCGCACUCUGCCGCCGACCACGGGCAUACCCAUGAGAUCCUCGACGGACCGGGCAGCUAUGUGGGACGUGAAAUGCCUAUUAUCGAGGGACGAGAUUGGGAGGACCGCUCGUUUACCGUGGGGAUUGGAGGACCCGUAGGAUCCGGAAAGACUGCCCUUAUGCUGGCUCUUUGCAAGCAUCUCCGAGAACGCUUUUCUAUAGCCGCAGUGACCAAUGACAUCUUCACCCGCGAGGACUGCGAGUUCCUGACCAAGAACAAUGCUCUACCCGCCGAGCGCAUUGUUGCCGUCGAAACCGGAGGCUGCCCCCACGCGGCUGUCCGCGAAGACAUCUCCGUGAACCUCAUGACUCUGACCAACCUCCACCACAAGUUCAACACCGACCUGCUCCUCAUCGAAUCCGGCGGCGACAACCUUGCCGCAAACUACUCGCGCGAACUCGCCGACUUCAUCAUCUACGUCAUUGAUGUCUCGGGAGGUGAUAAAAUCCCUAGGAAGGGCGGACCCGGUAUCACACAGUCGGACCUGCUAGUCGUGAACAAGAUCGAUCUAGCCGAGGCUGUAGGCGCGGACCUCAAUGUCAUGGAAAGAGACAGCAGACGGAUGCGCGAAGGGGGACCGACUAUUUUCGCUGUUGUAAAGAGGGACCAGGGCGUUGACGCUAUUGUGGAUUUGAUUCUGUCUGCAUGGAAGGCUUCGGGCGCGACACAGGCACGCAAACAAAAGUUUGAGCCUACCUUGAUGAGUGAAGAGGGCAAAGAGAGGAGCUACAGCAUGAACUGA